AAUAGUAUACGUCACACAUCGGCAACAGUCGGCCAUAGUGAUUUUGCUGUGGUUGUCAAAAAAGUGUAAUGGUUUUAGAAAAUCAUAUAUUUGCAAAAUAUUCAAAGAUUUUUUAAUUAUCUUAGUAUUUUAAGUUUAUUUAUUUGUUACCAAAACUGUUUUGAAGUUUUAACCUACUUGUAUAGUGUUUUACCUUUGUAAUCCACAAUGAAUGCUUCGGAACAUGGAUUUAAUCCUGCGUUUAAUAUGGCUACUAUUAAACAGGCUAUCAAUGAGGCUGUUGAAAGAGUUCGUAUGCCUACCCCAAUGCGUCUACGAGACUUAAUCAGACAAAUUAGGGCUGCAAGAACUGCUGCUGAAGAGAGGAGUGUGGUAAAUAAAGAAUGUGCAUACAUAAGAUCAACAUUUCGAGAAGAAGAUUCAGUUUGGAGAUGUCGAAACAUAGCAAAGUUGUUAUACAUCCAUAUGUUAGGAUACCCAGCACAUUUUGGACAAUUAGAAUGUUUAAAAUUAAUUGCUAGUUCACGAUUUACUGAUAAAAGAAUAGGAUAUUUAGGUGCAAUGUUAUUGUUAGAUGAAAGACAGGACGUCCAUUUACUGAUAACAAAUUGUUUAAAAAAUGAUUUGAAUUCAACCACGCAGUUUGUGGUGGGUUUGGCCUUAUGCACCUUGGGGGCAAUAGCCUCACCAGAAAUGGCUCGAGAUUUAGCAUCGGAAAUAGAGAGGCUUAUGAAGUCUCCUAAUGCAUACAUUCGCAAAAAAGCAGCAUUAUGUGCAUUUCGUAUUAUUAAACGAGUGCCUGAAUUGAUGGAGAUUUUCUUACCUGCAACAAGAAGUUUGUUGUCAGAGAAAAAUCAUGGAGUCUUAAUAACAGGGGUCACACUUAUUACAGAGAUGUGUGAAGUUAGUCCGGACACUUUAAAUCACUUUAAAAAGGUUGUGCCUAAUUUAGUGCGAAUUCUUAAAAAUCUCAUUUUAGCUGGGUAUUCUCCAGAACACGAUGUUUCUGGUGUGUCAGACCCUUUUCUGCAAGUAAAAAUUUUGAAGUUAUUGCGAGUUCUUGGUAAAAACGAUCCAGAAGCUUCUGAGGCAAUGAAUGAUAUUUUAGCGCAAGUUGCCACUAAUACCGAAACAAGUAAAAACGUUGGAAAUGCUAUAUUGUAUGAAACAGUUUUAUCUAUAAUGGAUAUUAAAUCAGAAAGUGGUCUAAGGGUUCUGGCAAUUAACAUUUUGGGAAGAUUCUUAUUAAAUAAUGACAAAAACAUCCGAUAUGUUGCUUUGAAUACUUUAUUGAAGACAGUUUACAUCGAUACAUCGGCUGUUCAAAGACACAGAUCGACUAUAUUGGAAUGUCUUAAAGAUCCGGACGUUUCAAUUAGGCGGAGAGCAAUGGAAUUGUCAUUUGCUCUUAUAAAUGGUCAAAAUAUUAGGACAAUGAUGAAGGAACUAUUAACGUUUUUAGAAAAAUCUGAUUCAGAAUUUAAAGCACAUUGUUCCUCGGGCAUUGUUCUUGCAGCAGAACGCUUCUCUCCCACAAAGAGGUGGCAUUUGGAUACAUUAUUGAAAGUAUUAAUUGCAGCUGGAAAUUACGUGAGAGAUGACGUUAUAUCGUCUACAAUUCAGCUUAUAUCUGAAACUACAUCACAACAAGCAUAUAUAACCUUGCAGUUAUGGCAAGCACUUUCUGUAGAUGUUUGUGAUAAACAACCUCUGACACAAGUAGCCGUUUGGGCUAUUGGGGAAUAUGGAGAUGCUUUAUUAACGGCACCAAUAGAGGACGGAAUGAACUUUGAAAGACCUACAGAAGAGGAUGUUAUAAAUUGCUACCAGAGAAUAUUGUGGUCGCCACAAAAUUCAUCUACCACCAAACAAUACACCUUAAUGAGUCUCACAAAAUUAAGUACUAGAUUUACCCAAACAAAUAAUAAAAUCCAGCAGAUUAUUAGUUCAUUUUGUUCAUCUCUACACAUUGAAUUACAACAAAGAGGCGUAGAGUUCUCGCAACUUUUUGGUAAAUACAAUCAUCUGCGAUCUGCUCUGUUAGAGCGAAUGCCUCCAAUGGAAGUUGUGAGACAAAACGAUGUUCAAACUAAUGGGGAUAUGGAUGAGACAGAAGACAAAACAAGCGAGAGUAGUCCUCAACAUUACACAAGUGAAUCGAAUGCCUUGUUAGAUUUAUUAGGUCCAUCAGAUACAUCAGAAUUAGAUGUAAUAAGUUCUACUGCAAUUCCAAGCCAACCCAUACCAAGUAGUAACAAUCAGGAUUUGCUAGAUUUACUUGGGGGUUUGGAUCCUAUGCCUAUGCCUGCGUCAAAUACAGACAUUGGUGUUAUUUUGGAAAACAAUAACAGUUCCCUGCCAUUAAAUAACAAUCAAACUGCGAACUUUUUAUCGGGAGAUAUUUUAAAUACUAAUCUCAUUAAUGAAAAACACGUGCCUGUAAUAACAGCUUUCGAUAAAAAUGGACUUAAGAUUGUUUUUGCCAUAGAAAGGUUACAGGACUCAAAUACAGUUUCAAUUAACAUGACCGCUACGAAUAGCGCUUUGUCCAAUAUGACUGAUUUUCUAUUUCAAGCUGCUGUUCCUAAGACAUUCCAAUUACAGAUGCUAUCACCUUCUGGUACAAUUAUCAUUCCAAGUGGUCAAAUAACACAAGUUUUAAGGGUCACUAAUCCUAGCAAAGCAAUACUUAGGAUGCGUAUAAGACUGUCGUAUGUAUUAGAUGGUACUCCUGUACAAGAACAAACCGAGGUAAACAAUUUUCCCACGGACAUUUGGGAUUGACGGAAGCUAGGUUAAAAAGUUCAUCAUUUGCAACAUCCUACGACUAUUUUUUUUUGUCGCUGAGAGUAAUAUUCUCCUGGUAUUUGUAAAUAAUUCGUGUUCUUCAUAUCUGCAAUUUUUGAGUACUUAAUUCGUCCACUAGUUAUUUUUAAUCUUUGUUAUUGCUACGAAUAAUUUCUAUUGCUUAUGGUAAGAUGUUGGGACAUAUUAAUUUGUUUCCAUGUAUUUAUUUGUUUUCUCUUGUUUUUUUGA